AUCACCACCAAGCAUCCAUCGCACGCUACACUGUACUAUUACUGUUCUUAUACUUCUCUUUCUCGUGCACAAUCCAGUUCACAUUUCAUCAUGAGACCAGCAGCCACUCGCUUCGCCAGUGUGGUCGCUCGUCGUGCACUGCGCUCGCCGCUUCGCGACCAAUUGCUUGUUGGUCGCGUCAUCGCCAGCAGAGCUCCAGCUACUACCAACACAACAUGCUUCCGUCCCUUGCAUGCAUCCGCAAGCCUGCGGAGCAUCAUGCCUGACUCCGAGGACCCAAAGCCACCGGAGCUUCCCUCCCAAGAAACGCCAAUCAAAGCGACCGACAUCUCAAUGCAAGAGUUCCACGAGCGCGCAGACCACUACCUGGGCGAGCUACAGCAGAGGCUAGAGGAGGCACAAGAGAACGACCCGGCCAUUGAGGUGGAUUACUCGUCUGGCGUCCUCGAGGUCACAUCCCAGAACAACACAUUUGUCUUGAACAAGCAACCUCCAAACAAGCAAAUCUGGCUCAGCUCCCCCAUAUCUGGACCAAAGCGUUUCGACUGGGUCGUGUCCCAAGAAGGUAUGGGCGAAAAAGAAGGAUGCGGUAUUGGAGACUGGGUAUAUUUGCGAGACGGCAGCUCGCUCACCGAGAUUCUGAGGAAAGAGCUGGGUGUUGAUGUCAGCGUUGAUGACGAGGUUCCGCGCUAAUGGAGCAGAUAAUGGCCACCAACAUUUGCUGUAGCACGUGGCUCAGACCGCACAUCCUGGGAAUGGGUAGUCCAUAGCCAAGUAGCGACCAGUCCAGAAUUGUUAUGUGC